CAUAUCCCUGUAAUGGUGCCAUACGAAGGCGUCGAAAUAUAAUCACAAAGGAAUCCGUUCACCAUGUAGUUUCUUAGUCUCUUGUAUUUUCGCAAAGGCAGUUUGCCUAUACGGCGUACUCGAAAUUUGCUCCAAGAAUCGGGCUGAACCUAGAAACGCGGGUAGCUUCUUCCAAUUACGAGGUGCUGCUUGACAUCGCGGCAAUCUUGAAGCCGACCUGGGCUGGGAAACGUGCUGUCAAGAUGCCUUUCUCAACCGGGGAGGACAGCUUGCUCCAGCUGAACCAGGAGGGCUUCGAUUUCAAUAUACAGUUCGAGCAGCUUUUCUUCUCAAUCGUACCAUCUGUACUGUUCAUCAUAGCAUCAUUAUGGAGAACGGCUUAUCAGGCACGAAAGCCAACUGUGGUGAAUGCCCCGGUUUUUCAACUUGUUAAGCUGGGUGCUAUCGCCACUUAUGUCGGAUUAGAACUCUCACUUCUCAUUCUGGUCGCAGUAGGAUCCUUCCACGUAACUAGCAUGUUCAUAGCCUCCUCGGCCCUGAAGCUUGUAUCGGCGCUGUUUAUGAUAACGCUCAGUCUUGUCGACCAUAGCAAAAGCCCUAGGCCGUCCGUCCUGCUGAACAGCUACCUGUUUCUGACCCUACUGCUGGACGCAGCUCAAGCGAGAACGCUGUUCUUGUCAUCGGGAGACAAGCCUGAACUCACCUAUAGUAGUAUAUUUUGCGCUGCAAUAGCCCUUAAAGUAGGGAUUUUGCUAUUAGAAGCGCAGCGGAAAUCUAAAUGGGUUAGCUGGAACGAGAAAGAAUAUAGCCCGGAGCAGACAAGCGGGAUCUUCUCUCUCGGCGUGUACUUCUGGCUCAACAAGAUCUUCUUGGAAGGCUACAAGAAAGUUUUGACAAUAAAUGACCUUUACCCCUUGGAUAGCGCCCUGGACGGCAAAUUACUCCACGAAGAGUUCUCCAAGCACAUGGACUAUUCGAAAAUGAAGGGCAACAAGUUCUACCUGGCGAAGGUAUUAAUGCGCACGUUGAAGGUUCCUCUCAUUCUUCCCAUAUUCCCACGAUUGGCCCUUCUUGGUUUCACAUUCUGCCAACCAUUCUUCAUCGAAAAGCUACUGGAGAGACUCUCAGAGCCGGAAGUUGAUGCAAACGUAGGAUAUGGCUUUAUUGGUGCCAGCAUACUGAUCUAUGCGGGAAUCGGCAUCUCCAACGCCCUCUGCUGGUAUUUUCAUUACCGGAUGCUUUCUAUGACGAGGUCGAUCCUAGUCACGGAAACCUUCAUUAAAGCUACAAAGGCUCGCAUCGGAUCGAGCGACGACAGCGCCGCCGUGACCUUGAUGAGUACGGACAUAGAGAGAAUCAACAUGGGCUUCAAGCCUCUUCACGACAUCUGGGCGAGCGUUAUACAAAUCAUCAUCUCGAGCUGGAUGUUGUACAAUCAACUCGGUGUAGUAUUUGUGGCACCGAUCGGAAUCGUUACGGUCUGCUUCGCAUGCUUAGUUAUCCUUAUGAGAUUUACCGGAGACUCACAGAGGGCUUGGAUGGCCGGUGUCCAGAAGCGCGUCGGCAUGACGGCCGCAGUAAUCGCUGACAUGAAGAACCUAAAGAUAUCCGGCCUCACCGCGACGGUCGGCGAUUUCAUACAGAAUCUCCGGGUAGAGGAGCUGGCAGCCGGAGCCCGAUUUCGUAAGAUAGGUAUCAUCGCGGCUCUCUUCGGGUACAUCCCGCUUCUGCUCGGGCCACCGCUCACCUUCGCAUUUGCGCAGCGAACGCUAAACGCGACGAGAAUAUUCACAAGUCUUUCGUACCUCUUGCUCUUGACCAACCCGCUAUCUCAGAUUUUCCAGUUCAUCCCUCAGCUUCUCUCCGGACUGGCCUGUUUGGGCCGAAUUCAGGCUUUCCUAGAGUGCGAGACUCGUAAUGAUUUUCGAGAGGUCCUUACCGAUGUGAAACGGAAUUUGGAGAAGACUCGAGCGGAUACCGUGGCCUCUUCCGAUUCGCAAUCGGAAACAGCAGAUCCGGUCGUCAUCAGAAACGGAAAGUUCGGGUGGGAAGCCGAUAAGUUUGUCUUGAAGAAUGUUACUAUCCGUGUUCCCAAAUCUUCGCUCACCAUCGUCGUCGGUCCGGUCGGCUCUGGAAAGUCUACGCUAUGUAAAGCGGUCCUCGGAGAGAUUCCAUUUAGCGAAGGUAGCGUGGUUUUGAGCACCAGAUUUCCUCACGUAGGAUUCUGCGAGCAAGCAGCAUUCCUUUCCAACGGAUCGAUAAGAGAUAAUAUCGUGGGAUUUUCUCAUUUCGAUAAAGAUAGAUAUACCGAAGUCAUCGAGGCUACGGCCCUGGUAUUUGACAUCGCUGCGCUGCCGCAGGGCGACAGGACGAACAUCGGGUCGGACGGAAUCACCCUGUCAGGGGGGCAGAAGCAACGCGUCGCUCUCGCUCGCGCGCUCUAUCUCCAGUCUGGCCUGCUAGUAUUGGACGAUAUCUUCAGCGGGUUAGAUGCAGAUACCGAGGAACAAAUUUUCAGGCAGGUUUUCGGACCGGAGGGGCUACUCAGACGUCGAGAGUCUACGGUCUUAUUGUGCACUCAUAGCAUCAGACAUUUGCCUGCGGCCGAUCACAUAAUAGCGCUCGGAGAUGGCACAGUGAUGGAGCAAGGUAGAUUUCAAGAGCUGAUGGGCCGCGGAGGAUACGUUCGGCGUCUGGGUUUGGCCAACCUUUCCGACAGCGAUUCUUCGUCAGAAAAGUCGAUACCAAAGAAGAGCAAGCAGGAACUUAAGUCGACUCUGUCCCACACGACGACUAACACAUCGCCCACCCCGCCAAAUACGGACGAGUCCCGUAAAGUUGGAGAUAAAUCGGUAUACAAGCAAUAUUUUCAAAGCAUGGGCUGGCUCGUAGCAGGAUCGUGUUUCUUCUUUGCUACCCUGUGGGGUUUCUUCACAAACUUUCCAACUAUAUGGCUCAAAUAUUGGUCUGAGGACGUAUACUCGGCACACCCAUCCCAUACAUAUGCUUAUUACGCAGGGAUAUACGCCGUGCUUCAAGUCAGCAGCUUGGUAUCCCUGCUUCUCAUUGGUAUCGCGGUCUUAAUCGUCGCGGUUACAAGAGCAGGUGCCAGUCUCCACCACGACGCCCUGAAAACGUUGAUUCGAGCACCCUUGCACUUCUUCACCACAACGGAUACUGGCAUCGUGACGAACCUAUUCUCGCAAGAUCUGAAUCUUAUAGACACAGAGCUACCAAACGGGCUAUUGAACACUUUGGUCUGCACCUUUCAGGCAAUCGGACAGGCAGCUGUCAUGCUUACAUCUUCUCCCUAUAUGGCCAUAAGCUAUCCGUUCCUCGCCAUCAUGCUCUAUGUAGUGCAGAGGUUUUAUCUACGUACAUCCAGGCAGCUCAGGCUAUUAGACCUCGAGGCAAAGAGCCCCUUAUAUACUCAUUUCCUUGAUACUAUCAAGGGGAUUACGACCUUGAGAGCCUUUGGGUUUCUCUUAGAAGAUGUGAAAAAGAACAGCGGUCUAAUAAAUUCUAGCCAGCGCCCCGCGUACUUGCUAGUCAUGGUCCAACAGUGGUUGAUCCUCGUCCUCGACCUAGGAGUCAUGGUUAUGGCAGCAGUCCUAACGACCCUCGCGGUUCGGCUCCACUCGAACUCCGGUUUCGCAGGCGCCUCACUGGUUACGCUCAUGAAUUUUGGCGAGAACCUUUCCGGCAUCGUCAUAUUUUAUACCAGACUAGAAACUUCAAUCGGAGCUAUCGCGAGGCUCAAGGCAUUUAACGAAGACGUCAAACCGGAAGAUAAGGAUGAAGAGGACAUCAUCCCACCGGAGCAGUGGCCGCAUAGCGGCGAAGUAGAAUUGAGAGGAGUGUCUGCGAGUUACGACGCGGAAGGCCAAAACGGAAACGCACCGAAUUUAGCACUUCGCGGCAUAGAACUCAAGAUAACCCCAGGAGAAAAGGUUGCGAUUUGCGGUCGAACAGGCAGCGGCAAGUCAAGCUUUAUGGCCCUUCUUCUCAAACUCCUCGAUCCCCUCCCGAACGCUCCUGGAGAGGCGAUAAUAGAUAAAACGCCGCUCAACCGUGUAGACCGGCAAGCACUACGUCAGCGCAUAAUCGCCGUCCCUCAGGAAGCCGUAUUCCUACCCGACGGGUCUACCUUUAAAGCCAACUUGGAUCCAUCCGACACGUCAACACCGGAAGCGUGCCGAUCCGUCUUGGAGGCCGUCGGCCUGCGGCAGUUCGUCCAAGAGCGGGGCGGCCUCGACGCGGGUAUGAGUCCAGGGACUCUUAGCGCCGGCCAGAGGCAGCUGUUAUCUCUCGGGCGUGCUUUGCUAAGGCGGCGGCUCCGAGCUGAAAACUUGGGAAUUGGAGGCGGCGGCUCCGAAGGUGGUAUACUAUUGCUAGACGAGGUGAGCUCGAGAGUCGAUCACGAAACGGAGCGAUUGAUGCAGGAGAUAAUCAGGAGCGAAUUCAAAGCUUAUACGGUUAUCGCGGUUAGCCAUCGGCUCAACAUGAUUAUGGAUUUUGAUACCGUGGUAGUGAUGGAAACGGGAAAGAUUAUAGAAGUAGGGAAUCCGACGGCAUUGGCCAGCAAGGAACAGACCAAGUUUGGGGAAUUAGUGAAGGCCGGAGCUAAGGAGAAAAGGUAACUUUAGGUAAUCAUGCGCAAUAUUUUAAGCAUUUUUAUUUAUGUAUUAUUCAGGAAGAA